AUGAUUGAGAUAAAGAUUGAAGAGAUACGUAAUCCAAGUGAAGUAGAUCAUUGUGAAUGUUGUAAUUUGCUAAGUGAAAAGAGUGUAGAGUUUAUUAUUAUAAAAAAUAAAGAUUUAUAUAUUUAUAAAUAUAGAAAUAAAAAAUGUUACUUAAUAUAUGAUACAAAAUUAAAUGGGCCUGUUAUCAAGCUUGUUGUUUUAAAAAAUGUUUUUAAAAAUAAAAAUAAAUAUUUUAGUGGAAUCUUAUUAAUUUAUAAAAAUUUACAUUUUAUUAUUUAUAAAUAUGAAAAAAGUCUAAAUACUCUUGUUUCUGUUUUAAAACAUCAUUUUAUCAAAGACGCUAAAUUUCAAUCUCUCUUUUAUUCCCUCCCACUUUCAGUACAUUAUACACACAUUUAUGAGACAAAAAAUAAAAACAAUCACACCAAAAAAAUAAAAAACGGAAAAAAUAAUAAACAAAUACAUGCAAAAUAUAAACGUGGGACCCGAAAAAAACUAAUAUCUCUCAAUGCAGACAACCAAUUUUAUAUUAAAAAAAAAAAAAAUAAUAACAAAAUAAAUAUUGCUACUAAAAAUAUAAGCAAUAACGAUAGUGAAAAACAAGCAAUCAAAAGCUUUCUUAAAAAUGCAAAUUUACCAUCAAACAAUAAUGGAAAUAAUAAAGAUAUAAAUAGUCAUGAAUCCAUAAUCUUUAGCGACCAUAACAAUGUAGACAAUAAUUUGCUAGAUAACGAAUUUGCCAAUGUACAGAAUAUUUUAAACUCAUAUUAUUUAAACUUUAAAAAAAAAAUAAAAUCAAAAAAAAAAAAUAACUUUUGUAAAUUUCAUAUUUCUUUUUCCUAUGACUUUAAAGUUAUUUACACCAUUUUCUACACAACAAAAAAUAGAAAAAAUAAAAUAAAAAAUAAUAACAUAUUUCAAGAUCCAAAUAAUCUAAACAUUGAUACAACAUACUUCUCAAAUGAUUUACAAACAGAAAAUGUUACUAUUAUUAACUUAGCAGAAAUAUAUAGACACUUUAUUUUUAUAAAAAAAAUAUUUUUUUACGCCGACCAUGCCAAUGUCCUCAUUCAAACCGACCCAAUCAACAUUGGGCACACCAAGCUGGAAGAACUAAGCCUCAAGCUGUUGCUAAUCAAAAUUGAAAAAAACAAAUUUGAUAUAAUUCAUAUGAUAAAAGACUUGCCAAACGAUACAAUUGACAUUCAAAGGAUUGGAAAAUUAGUUAUUUGUUUAUGUCAUGAUUAUAUAUAUAUUUUAAAUUUAGAAAGUUAUAAAAAAGUUAUUUAUUUUUUUAAUAAAUCAUGCUAUAUGAAUAAUAUAUUUCAAUUAAUAAAAAAUAAUUGUUUAUUUUAUGACCAUACAUAUUUUAAUAUCAAUUUUAAAAUUUCAAGUAUGUAUAUAGAGAAAAAUAAAAUUUUCAUUUUAAAUAAAAAAUCAAUAAUUGAAGGAACUAUAUCAAAAGAUAUAAAUGAUUUAAUAAAUCUAAUUUCAUGGAAUCAACUAUUUAAUUUUAAAUCAUAUAUAAGUUUUACUUCCUUUUUCUCUAUAAAUUCAAACUUUUAUUUUUUAUGUUGUUAUAAUGGAUUGUCUGGCUUAGCCAACAUUCAACUAAUAAGAAAGUCCGACCAUUACACAACUUCAACCUCCAAGACAAUGUUUGAUAAGUUGAAAAAGUUGAAAAUGUUGAAAAAUUCGAGCAAGUUGAACAAUGGGAUCCACCAAAACACGAGGAAAAGGAAACGGAUAGAAACAGAUCAUUUUGUAGAAAAAAAAAAAAAAAAUAUAAAUGAAUGUGUUAGUGAUAAUACUAGUGAGGAAGAAAAAGAUAAUUCACAAAACUUAAUUGAAAAUAAUUUAAAUAAUCAAAUAUGUAAUCAAAAUAAAAAAGUAAAAAAAUUACAUACACAUAAACAAAAUAAUAUAUUCUUAUUUCAUUUACUUAAUUAUCUAAAUAAAAAUACAAACAUAAAUGAAUAUACAAAAGAACUUAAUAAUAGAAAAUAUGAUUUUUUAUUUAAAAAAUAUAAAAAAAAAAUUAAAAUUUUGGAAAAUAAAUAUUCUCGAAUAAAUACCAAGGGUUUAAUCGAAUAUUCAUCUCCGUUAUUUAUCUUGAAAAAGAAAAAGAAAAAAAAUGAAAAAAAAGAUAAAAACACAAACCAGGCUAACAAUACAAACAAGGCUGACAAUACAAACAAGGCUGACAAUACAAACCAGGCUGACAAUACAAACCAGGCUGACAAUACAAACCAGGCUGACAAUACAAACCAGGCUGACAAUACAAACCAGGCUGACAAUACAAAUCAGGCUAACAAUGCAAACCAAACAAAUUUAAAAAAAAAAAAAGAAAUUCACAUAAUCGAUAAUAUACAAUGUAAAGGAAUGUUGGUAGAUAUUUCAAAAUUAAGUUAUGAGUCUUGCCCUAUUUAUCAAAGUACCUACAUGGCUCUUUUUGGAUGUAAACACAAUAGUGCAUUAGAAAAAAUAUUUUUUCAAAUUCCAUCUAUAAUCAAACUUAUUAUAUUUUCUAAACCUUUUAAUAUAAAUAGUGUAUGCUCAAUUGAAAAUGAAACAAAUAAAUCAAGUGAAAACUAUAACGACAACUUUAAAUAUGUUCUUAUAAAUCUAGAGAAAAAUACCAACCAAUUAUCUACUGAUAAAAAAGGAAUACUACUAUGCUUAACAACUUUGUCAAUAUUAAAAAAUAAAAAUUCAAAUAAAUAUUAUGAGCAUUAUGAAGAAAAUAAAUUCAAAAGAAAUCUACUACUUUGUGAGUGCUCAGAAAAAAUAUCACAAAUAAAUGAAAAUGAAAAAGAAAACGACAUUUUUUAUGAUAAAUAUUCGGACGAUGAUCAUGAUGGGAAAUAUAGUGACAAUUGCAAUGAUCAAAAUGAAAGUGACAAAAGUGAAGACCCCCUUUGUGAUCUGGCUAUCGACAACUAUGAGCAUAUCCUCUAUGUCUUAAAAGCGGAAGAAAGCAGACAUCCAAUUUCUGUUAGCAGUAUUGAAACAAUAGAGGGGUGCUUGAACUUUUUUAAAAACUUUCCUCUAAUAUAUUUUAAUAUUAAAGAUGUAAAUAUUUAUGUAAAAAAAAUAUAUCUUACUCACAUAUUGAGAGAACAGGAAGAAGAAGAUAAUUGUAGUUCUAAUUCUAUAGUACAUGAAAUGGAUAGUAUAAAAUAUAUUUUAAAAAAAAGGCUUUGGGAAUUUUGUUUAAUAAAUAAUAGGAAAGGAAAUAAAAAUAAGACAGCUUUAAAUUUAAAUGGUAACUGUAUAUCAUUAUUGAAGUAUGACAAAAUAUUAAUACAAGUUUGUCAAAAUGAAAUAAACAUAUUUUAUAAUAAUAAUACUUAUAUUUUACUAAACAAAAUAUCAAUAGAAAAUGAAAAAAAUGUUAUAUCAUGUAAAUUGAUAAAAAACUAUUUAAUCAUACUAAACAAUUGUCAGGAAUGCAUAAUAUAUAACAUGAAUGAUGAUGUAAUUAAAUUGACAAUACAAACUAUUGAGAGAGUUUUAUCCAUAUUUAAUUUAUGUGUCUUACAUUGCUUAUUACAUGAUAAUAAAGAAGAAUCAGUUAAUCUUGUCAAUCUGAUCAAAUUUGUAGAUGUAGAGAACAUGUUUAGAAAAUCUUCCUUUGAAAUAUCACAUCUUUUAAACAUACAAUCAUCUUCUGCUUUUUUAAAAUUUAUAAAAAAAAAAAUAACAAAUAUAGAUAACAUUAUCAACAUGAACAACCAAAUAAAUAAUAUCAAAUGCAUAUCUACAAUUGAAAAAAAUAAAAAACAGUUUUUAUGCUACCUUAAUAGUGUAAAUAACACCUUUAAUAUUUAUAAUAUUCCAAAUAAAAAAAUAAUAUUUGAAAGUAAUUACUUAUUAAAUGUCCCUAAAUAUGUUUACAAAAUGGAUAAAAAAAAAAGUAAAAUAAAACAAGAAGAAAUAGAUGCAGAUGAUAGAACACACUUUUUAAAUCUUUACAAACACGAAGAAAUUAUAAAUAUUUUAUUUUUUAAAUUAGAUAAAUCCUAUUUAUUAAUUAUAUUUUUAACAGGUAGACCCAUUUUAAUAUAUAAAUCUUUUUCAUGUUCUAAACUUUUUAAAAACUUAAAAUUAAAAAUAUUUAUUCAUAAAUAUAUUAAACCAAUACCUAGCAAUAUUCAUUUUUUCAAUGAUCCAAAUAAUUUACAUUCAAAUAGAAUUAUUACAACAUCUAGACAAGACGACCAACAUAAUAAUGGCUAUUAUAUGUAUGUUUACAAAAAUGAUAAUAGCCAUUUAAAUAAAAAAAAAAAAAAAAGUUUAAAUUACAAUAAAUGUAUCAUUGCUUAUCCAUAUGUAGAUCUUGCAAAAUUAAAAAUUAAUGAACUAGAUGAAGAACAAAAAAAACAUUUUUAUCAAAGUGUGUUGAAAAAUUAUGAUACAGACUUACCGAUCUUAUUUUUUUCAAGUUAUAAAGGAAAAUUAUAUAUCCACAAUUUAGAUACAUCAAAAAUGAAGAACCAACCAAUCACCAACAUUGUUGAAAAGGAUGCACAUUAUAAUAAAAGUAACACACUAAACAAUAUUAAGGGUGUGAAAAGAAUUGGAAAAAAUUUAUUUUUAUCUUUUACUAAUAAUAAUUUUAAUAUAUUCAGUAUCGGAACAGAGGAAUAUAAUUCCAUUGAAAAAGUAAAUCCAAAUAAAAGUGAAAUAAAAAAUAUAAAUUUAUUCUCCUCAUUUUCAAAUAAUUUAUAUUUAAACAAGAAACAUACUUAUAGUGAUAAUAAAAAUUGUCUACUUUUAACAUCGUCAAACUUAAUUAAUCUCAAAUUUAAUGAUAAUUUCAUUUCAAAACUAUUUAUUUCAUAUCCAUAUAUAUGCAAAUUUUCUGUCUCUCAACAUUAUUAUAUUUUAAAAAAAAAAAAAAAAAAAAAAAAUUAUCAACCAUUUAGUAUACAAAACGAAGAUGAACAUACUGUCACAUUUGGGAAAAUUCUAUGUUUAGUAGUUCGAAUAAAAUAUGAUGAAUAUUAUAGUUUAAAAAAAAUAUUAAAAAAAAGAUUAAGUCUCCAAAAAGAUGAGUUAAAAAAUAAUAAUUUAUACGAGAAUGAAGAUGCACAAUGUAUAUCAAAUCCACUUCUAGAUGAUUGUAUCAAUAAUCAAUAUACACAUACAAUUAAAAGUUUUAUAGAGGAAGAUAUUGAAACAGCUAACAAUUUAAAUGAUGAAAAAAUAAAAAGAAAUAAUAAUAAACUAAUUCAAUCAAUAAAAACUAAAUCAAAAUAUUAUAAAUUAUUAUUACUUCAUGAAAAUAGUAAACAUAUUUAUGGCUACUUCAUUUUUGAACAUAGUGAACAAAUACAAUCUAUAUCAUUUGGACAAUUAAAUAAUACUGAAUAUAUAUAUGUAAGCACUAGUUUAAAUAUUAAUGAAAGAGUUGAAACACAAGGAAAUAUAUACAUUCUUGAUUUUAGCAACAUAUUUACAUUAUACGAUGAAAAUGUCUCUAUUGACAGCUUGUUUGUAAAUAACAAAGAAAACACUAAUCCUGAUACAAACAAUAAAGAUGAAACAGAAGAACAAAUCCAAAAUGAUAAUGCAAAAAAUGCUAAACUGACAUUGUAUAUGAAAAAAACAUAUAACAGCUCGGUUACACAUAUUUUGCCAUUUUAUUUUUACUCGGAAACAAACCCCAAAAAAUAUAGAAACAUUUUAAAUGAUGAACUAAUAAAUAAAUUUGAAAUAAAUUGGAGUUGUGAUAAAAAUGAAAAUAAAUGGAAUGAUGACACUAAUUUAUAUUCAAGCGUACUUCAUUGCAUUAAUUCAAAAAUGUAUAUCCAUGAAAUAAAAAAUAAGGAUUUUACAAAAGGUGCUUUUAUAGAUAAUAAUUUUUAUGUUAGUGAUAUUAAAAUUGUUCGAAAUUUUAUUAUAAUUUCAGAUUUUUAUAAAGGAAUAUUUAUAAAUAUGUAUAACUAUGAAGAACAGUAUGACAGUAGAAGUAUAAUAUCUAUAUCCAAAAAUUUUUAUAAUAAUAAUUUAAAUAUUUUAUGUUGUCAUUACAUUAUUUAUAAUUCAAAUAUAUCCAUAAUUGCUAUGGAUGUAUAUAAUAAUUUUUUCAUACUAGGUCAUAAAAAUAAACAAGAUAUAGACAAUCUAUAUAUAUAUAAUUAUUUCAAUUUUAAUCGAAGAAUCCUUAAAUUUACAAAUGAAUUACAUGAAAAUAAACACUCCAAUUCAGCCUUAUCAAUUUCAAAUGAUGGAUCUAUUCACAUAUAUCAUCCAUUAAAUAAUAAAGCUUUUAUUUUUUUUAAACAAAUUUUUAAAAUUGUAAAAAAAUAUAUUUUUCCAAACCUUGCUUUAAAUGUUAACUCGGAUUUAAAACCAGAUAUUUUUGUUCAAUCAAUCAUCCUAAACCUUCACAAAAAAACAAACGCCCUCCUCGUUGGAAACGUCAUUUUCCACGACCUUCUCAGACAAAUACCCUUUUACUCCUCCGAAGUUUUGUAUGAACUCUUUGGCCAAAGGGCAAACCUCCUUAACCACAUCACAAUCGGGGACCUCAUAAAUGAGCUACACUCAUUAAGCAAAAAUUGA